AGAUGGCGUCCGCGGUGGCCAUCGCGGCCCAGGCCGGGAAGCUUCUGCGAGAGCGAUCGCUGCGGCCCCGACUCUUGGCGGUCAGGUCCCAGGCAGGUCACUUAACCCCCAGGAGAUGGCUGAACCUGCAGGAAUACCAGAGCAAGAAGCUCAUGUCAGAGCACGGAGUGAGAGUGCAGAGGUUCUUUGUCGCCAGCACUGCUAAGGAGGCUCAGGAAGCAGCCAAGCGACUGAAUGCAAAGGAAAUUGUUUUAAAAGCCCAGAUCUUAGCUGGAGGAAGAGGAAAAGGUGUCUUCGAUAGCGGUUUGAAAGGAGGUGUUCAUUUAACAAAAGACCCUAAAGUGGUGGGACAGCUGGCUCAGCAGAUGAUUGGUUAUAAUCUAGCAACAAAACAAACUCCAAAAGAAGGUGUGAAAGUUAACAAGGUGAUGGUUGCUGAAGCCCUGGAUAUUUCUAGAGAAACGUACUUGGCCAUUCUGAUGGACCGGUCCCAUAAUGGCCCUGUGUUAGUAGGCAGUCCCCAGGGGGGCGUCGAUAUUGAAGAAGUGGCAGCUUCCAGUCCAGAACUCAUCUUUAAGGAGCAGAUUGACAUCUUUGAAGGGAUAAAGGAUAGCCAGGCCCAGCGCAUGGCGGAAAAUCUGGGCUUCCUCGGGUCUUUGAAAAACCAGGCUGCAGAUCAGAUUAAAAAGCUGUACCAUCUCUUCCUGAAGAUUGACGCCACUCAGGUAGAAGUGAACCCCUUCGGUGAAACUCCAGAAGGCCAAGUUGUCUGUUUUGAUGCCAAGAUAAACUUUGAUGACAAUGCUGAAUUCCGACAAAAGGACAUAUUUGCUAUGGACGACAAGUCAGAGAAUGAACCCAUUGAAAAUGAAGCUGCCAGAUAUGAUCUCAAAUAUAUAGGUCUAGACGGGAACAUCGCCUGCUUUGUGAAUGGUGCUGGAUUGGCCAUGGCUACUUGUGACAUCAUUUUCCUGAAUGGAGGGAAGCCAGCUAACUUCUUGGACCUCGGAGGUGGUGUAAAGGAGUCCCAAGUCUAUCAAGCAUUCAAACUGCUCACAUCUGAUCCCAAGGUGGAAGCCAUUCUUGUCAAUAUCUUUGGUGGGAUCGUCAACUGUGCCAUCAUUGCCAACGGAAUCACCAAAGCCUGCCAGGAGCUAGAGCUCAAGGUGCCACUGGUAGUCCGUCUUGAAGGAACUAAUGUCCAGGAGGCUCAGAACAUCCUCAAAAGCAGCGGACUCCCCAUUACGUCAGCUGUGGACCUGGAGGAUGCAGCCAAGAAAGCUGUUGCCAGUGUGGCCAAGAAGUGAUGGCUGCCCCUGGCUCCCAUGAGGAAGGGCACAUCCCUCACCACUCUGAGAGCUAUUGUUUCCUCACUGGGAAGAGGGCACACACAAGGAUCAUCACAUGAAAAAAUAUGAAGUCUGAGCUUUCUCCACUAUGCUGUCCAGAGUGCCUAACGCUGAUUUUAUACUGUAGUCAUUGUUUAAAAAAAAAUCACUCCUGACAAUUUCACACCUUCUCUUGCCCAGUCAGUAGCAGGGUCUACCAGCUGUGGCCACAGUCAUUGUGGCCAAACAGCGUGCAUAGGUACAGGAUUUGAAGCCAGAUCUAAGUUCAUCCUUAAGAACUUUGUGGACAUUUUUUCUACAGUAGACAAUUUUAUAGGACUCACAAGUUCAGACAGGAUUAUAUUUAACAUAGUAACUUCCAGAAGGUUAUAGCGAAGACACCUGAGCUUCUGUGAACAGUGGUCUCCACUGUCUCCUAAUCCAGUGCAUUUAGAAAGACCACAACCAUUCCAAAGUGUGGCUUAUAUUGGGCAUCCCACGUUAAUACAUGUACAUUGCACACACUUUACCCUUUGCCUUAAUGUUGAAUCUACUGCCUGCCUCACACUGAGUUACAGCCAGAAGCCUUAAUCACAGGUUUGAAGUGGAAGGUUUCAUUUUUUGUCAGAGUUGCUGAAUGCUGAUUUUUAUCAAACUGUGCCAUUAAGCCAUUUCAUGAAGAGGAGAUCAAGCUGUUGGUGGUGGUCAGGAUUUCCCUCUUGUCCCUUCCACCUCACAUCUACCAGUUUGUCACAGAAAGAUGAGAUGUCAUUGGAGAGAAUGUGGCCUUCCUAAUGAUGUCCUUUUUUGUGACGGGAAUUUUCUUAAACUUGAUUUCUUUGUUUAAUUUUAAUAAAUUUAUAGUCAUAUUCAUUUUAAAUAAAAUUGUUUUUCAGUGCUA